AUGUCCCAACCAAACAAAGACCUCCAAGCCCGCCGCGAAGCCGACUACGAGCGCUUCAAACACUACGCGGCGAUGACAUUUCUCGUCGCCUCGCCCGUCCUGAUUGCCCUUCCACCACGAAAACUCGACCCCCUGACUGUCCUCCUCUCUACCGCUUGGUGCGUCUCCGCUAACCAUGUGACGCGCGAACGUACGGGCCGGAGUAUCGUGGAGCGCAUUGAAUCGCGGAUCGCUUCCACGUCGUCCGUGGCAGGGGAGCUGCCAAGUGACCGGGCGCAGGAGAUUCAGGCAACGCUGCGAGCAGCGCGGGAUGCGCGGGUCCACGAGGGGAGUCUCGUGGGUGAAGAGUUGGAGAAGUUGAAGGCGAGACAGAGGCAGGAGAAAAGCAUUUUGGAGCAGGUGUGGAUGGGGAAGGAGACGGAGGGGUGGAAGGAGAGGAGACUGCGGGAGGAGCAGCAGGCAUUGGAUGAGGGGAAAGGGUAUGGUGAUUUGAUUAAGGAGCAUAUCUGGGAUGUGUGGACUUGGGGACAGAAGGAUCAGGGUCAAGAUCAGGGCCAGGAUAAGAGCAGUGGGAAGGAGGACUGA